AACCCCAACAACUUAAUUAAACAAAUUAAAUCAAACAAGAGUUAAUUAUGGAGUGCUCAUCGAACCCCACUCCUCUUCUGCUUUGCCAUCCUCCUUUGGACAACCUCGACAAAGAGAAGAGCACCGUAGACACCAAUGGCAGCGUCGACCGAGUAAUUGCGUUCGACCCCUCCGCGCUUCGCCACCAACGCAAGAUCCCCGCGGCCUUCAUCUGGCCGUCCAUCGACGCCGCAUCGACGGACGACGACGGCCUCGCCGUCCCUGCGGUGGACCUCAGCGGGUUCGCCGGCGGGGACGCGGCGGCGACGGCGCGCGCGGCGGCGCAGGUGCGCGCGGCGUGCGGGGCCCACGGGUUCUUCCACGUCAUUGGCCACGGCGUGGACGCGUGCCUGGCACGUGACGCGCUGUCGUGCAUGGCGGGGUUCUUCGCGCUCCCGCGCGCGCGCAAGCUGCGCGGGCGCGGGCGCGGGAGCCGGAGCGCCGGGAGCGCCAUGUGGGGCUACGCGGGGGCCCACGCGGAGCGCUUCACGUGCAUGCUCCCGUGGAAGGAGACGCUCUCGUUCGGGUACAGAGAACUGGGCGGCGACCGCGGCGUCGUUGACUACUUCACGUCGAACCUGGGCGAAGAGUUUGAGAGCAUGGGGUGGAUUUACCAAAAGUAUUGCAAAGCCAUGAAGGACUUAUCCCUCACAGUCAUGGAACUACUAGCGGUAAGUUUGGGGGUGGAAAGAUCACACUACAGGGAUUUCUUUGAGGAUAGCAGUUCCAUAAUGAGAUUGAACUAUUACCCACCAUGUCAAGAGCCCGAGCUCACCUUAGGGACCGGACCGCAUUGCGACCCGACCGCAUUGACUAUCCUGCACCAAGACGACGUCGGCGGGCUCGAGGUGUUCGCCGACGGCAGGUGGCGCCCGGUCCGGCCCGUUGACGGCGCGCUGGUCGUUAACAUCGGGGACACCUUCAUGGCACUAUGCAAUGGUAGGUACAAGAGCUGCCUGCACCGCGCGGUGGUGAACCGGCAGCAGGAGCGACGGUCGCUGGCCUUCUUUCUGUGCCCGCAGGAGGAUCGGGUGGUCAGACCGCCCUCCGGCAACUUGGGGGCGCCCAGACUGUACCCGGACUUCACCUGGGCUGAAUUUUUGGGCUUCACCCAGCGCCAGUACCGGGUCGACGCACGCACCCUCCAGGCCUUCACCGAAUGGCUCGGCCAAAGCCCCAGUUAAUUCCCCCUCCAUUUUCAGCCAACAAACCCAACCUUAAUAUAUAAUGCAUGCUUCUCUCAUAUUCAGGUUUCAAAUCAUUCGGAACGAAUUAAGGGUGGGUUUCUGGUAAAUAUUUAUAUGUUAAUGUCACUUUCCCAUGUCAAUUAACUUUUUUAUUUUUGCGCUUUUAAUUCCUCUGUACAUAAAUAAGUAUAUAUUAA